AUGGCGGAUGAGAAGAAAUUACGUGAGUUGGAGCAGACGAAGGAUAACAUUGUGGAUUCGGUGGCUUUGUUGGAAAGUUAUGCGAAGGAGUUCGAGGACAGCAAAUUUGCGGGUCAAGUAGAAGCAUGGGCGGAAAAAUUGGAAAAAUUUUACGACGAGUUUCAUCGAGUUGUGGUGAAGUUAGAAAUGUUUUCCACUAAAGAGGAGCCAAUCGACCUAAAAAAGGAACGGCAACGGUUCGACGGUCGCUGUUAUGCUCUCCGAAGCUUCUACUUGACAAAGAUGGCGAAGCAGUCACGGCCUACCCGUUCCACUACCCCUGCACCGCCGAAACCACUAAGUAUUCGACUUCCUGAAAUCAAUCUCCCGAAAUUCAGCGGUAAGUUAGAAGACUGGUGUGUUUUUCGCGAUUCGUUUGAAUCCGCUUUAGGUUCACGAAGCGACAUCAGUUCUGUCGAGAAGAUGCACUACUUGAAGGGUCUUGUUCAAGGAGAGGCAGCGCGCAUACUCGACCCGAUAAAGGUAAGCGAACAGGGCUAUAAGGAUGCCUGGCGUACGCUUCGGUUGCGCUUCGAAAACAAACGGCUGUUAAUUAAAUGUCACAUCAAAACGUUAUUCGACAGUCCCGCUAUGCGCAGAGAAUCCGCCGAAGAACUUCUCGCGCUGAUUGAUCGAUUCGAGCAGCAAAUUUCCGUGUUGAAGAGUUUAGGUGAACCAGCAGACCGAUGGAGUUCUAUUCUGGUUUAUCAAAUGUCUAUUCGCCUUGAUCCGUGUACGCUUCGGGAAUGGGAGAACUAUUGUAGCAAACUUGAUGCCGACAAUUUGGGAGGAACCGCGAUCACAUCCGACAACAUAGAACCUGACGGUUCUACUUCAAUGCCAUCGUACGUGACAAUGGCCAUUUAUCUCCAAAACUAUGCUCGAGUAUUGCAAGCCGUGUCUCCGUCGAUGUCGAACGUAUCUUCUCGAAAUAAGCCAAGCCUAACAACCAAGGCUAUAGCCUUCCCCGUCACCUCUGGACAACCAGCCGAACCAACCAACGCAUCGUCUACAAACGUCGCUAAGCCGAAGGCGUGCGACAUGUGCGGUGAUAGUCAUUACCUGUACAGUUGUCCGGAAUUCCGUAAGAUCAAUCUUCGUCAACGAACCGACCUGGUAAGACAGAAAAACCUUUGUAUGAAUUGUCUACGCUCAAACUCUCACUAUGCCCGAAACUGUUCUGGAUCAAGAUGUCGCACGUGUUCCAAAAAGCAUCACACACUUCUUCAUCCCGAGUCUGUCGAUCCAAACCCUGCGUCGGGUGGUCAUACCACUAAAUCUACGUGUUAUGUAGCCAUCCAAUCGAAUUCAGAACCUUCCGUUUUACAUUCUUCACAAUCUCCAUCGAAUACCAGGGUUCCGAUUCAGCAACAGGUUACCUCUUUGGUCACUGCCACUCAGGCAGCGCUAGUCUCGCCGUCCCAAGUAUUAGUUCCAGGAACUGUUUUCCUUCCGACGGCGCUCGUAAACAUCCGUAACCCUAACGGCCAUAUCGUAACAGCUCGUUGCUUGCUGGACUGUGCAUCCCAACGCAAUUUUGUUUCUACAUCCUUCUGUGAACGACUGCAGUUAUCCCGAAGGCGAUUGCUUCACGCUAUUCCGAUCAGUGGAAUUGGUAACAAGACGACACGGGUUGAACAUCAGACAACGAUAACCAUCUCUUCUCGAGUGACUUCAUUUUCGAUGAAGUGCUCCAUGCUAGUUUUACCCUCAAUAACGGUAAAACUUCCCCAGUCGACGACAGAAGCUCGUCACUGGCCGAUUCCGAAGCACAUAGAGCUUGCUGACCCCACUUUCGCAGUGUCGGGUGACAUCGACUUGAUCUUAGGCGCCGUGCAUUUCUUUCGUAUUCUUCGAUAUGGUAGAAUAUCUCUCGGCGAUGAUCUACCGCUGCUUCAGAACACCGAGUUUGGAUGGGUGGUUUCUGGAGAGUGCCUGUUAGCCCAUCACGACCAAAGUGAUCCGCACAACUGUCAAUUUAGCAACCCUUGCGCAAUCGAUGAGCUUGUCAACCGAUUCUGGCAGCUUGAAGAAGUACAUGACACGAAAGGAUGGUCUCCAUCAGAACGAUAUUGCGAAGAACACUUUACCAGAAACACCACUAGAGACACUGACGGUCGCUACACCGUCAAGCUUCCCAAACGAGAUGAACUGCUCUGGCAGCUCAAAGAUAACCGGUAUAAUGCAAUCCGUCGGUUCUUCUCUCUCGAGCGCUCACUUGGAUUGAGCCCCGAACGAAAGUCGAUGUAUCAACAAUUCAUCCACGAGUACUUCAGGCUAGGACAUAUGCGAGAGAUCCGCCCUGAUGAAGAUGACGUGCAACUGCAGUACUUUCUUCCGCAUCACGCCGUAAUGAAGCUUGAUAGUGCUACUACAAAGCUCCGUACCGUAUUCGACGCAUCGUGCCGUUCCAAAUCUGGCAUCUCGUUGAACGAUGUCCUACUAGCAGGUCCCACCAUUCAGGACUCUCUAGUUACGAUAGUCCUUCGGUUCCGUAUACAUCAAUUUGUCAUCUCUGCGGACAUUGAGAAAAUGUACCGGCAGAUUGUUGUUCACCCAGAUGACCAACCGCUUCAACGCAUAGUCUGGCGCGAUGAUCCUAGUUCUGACCUGAAGACGUUUCAGCUACGCACCGUGACAUAUGGUACGAGUUGUGCCCCAUUCCUAGCAACUAGAGUGUUGCAACAGCUAGCCGAUGACGAAGGACAUCGUUAUCCGUUAGCCGAAUCAUCGUUACGCCAUGAUUUUUAUGUAGACAAUUUACUUUCCGGGUCAGAUAACGCUCAGUCUCUCGCCGCUACCUGCGAACAGCUCAUUUCCAUGUUGACUAGUGCUGGAUUACCUCUUCGACAGUGGUCUUCAAAUUGUCAGAUGGUUCUUAACACCAUCCCGUUGGAGCUCCGAGAAACGCAAACAUUACUCGAUUUAGACCAUGAAUCGUCGGUGACUACGCUUGGUCUUCGCUGGGAACCAUCCACCGACCUUCUUUCGUUUAAGACUCCCAAUUGGAAGGAAUAUACCGUGUUAAAUAAGCGAGCCAUUCUUUCUCAGAUCAGCAGUCUGUUUGACCCGCUAGGGCUGAUUGGUCCUACAAUUUCCAAAGCUAAGAUUAUGCUGCAAAAUCUUUGGAGACUUCAGCUGGACUGGGACACACCCGUGGCGAAGUCGUUUGCUUGUCAAUGGUAUGAUUUUCAGCAAAACCUUUCUGCAUUGACCGACCUUCGAGUUUCCCGCCCUGUAAUUAGUCCAGGGUAUGAUCGCGUGGAGAUUCAUGGAUUCAGUGACGCAUCGGAAGCUGCGUAUGGUGCCUGCAUAUAUCUUCGCUCAAUACAAUCAGAAGGUUCAUGUACAGUUCGACUACUAAUAUCCAAAUCAAAAGUCGCUCCGAUAGGUACUCAAACGAUCCCCCGCCUCGAGCUGUGUGCAGCUCAGUUGUUGGCCAGACUUCUAACGCAGGUUCAGAACAGCACAAACGUUAUUGGCACUGUGUAUUUGUGGACCGAUUCUUCAAUAGUGUUAAACUGGAUAGCAACUAGUCCAUCGGCAUGGAAAACGUUCGUUGCAAAUCGCGUAGCUGAAAUACAAGAGCUAACGUCACACGUCGAAUGGAAUCAUGUUCCGUCCAAGGAUAAUCCCGCCGAUCUUAUUUCUCGAGGAAUGGAUCUUCAAGAGCUCCUCACUAAUGAUCUGUGGUGGACCGGACCUCAAUGGCUAAAUUCAACUCUCGCACCUUGGCCAGAAAAAUAUACUGGCGCGUCUCAGCAAAGUACGGAGUCCCGGAAAUCUAGAAAGACAGUUGCAACACUUUUCCCAAGACAUACAGGAACUUCACAGCACUGGAAGAAUCCAUCGAAAAUCUAA